UUUUCCUUAAAAAAUUAUAUGUAAUUUUAUUGCUAACAAAUUUUAUAUUGUAUUGCGCCAUAAAUCUCUAGUAUAUUGCAUGCCUUCUUUUAAAUGUCGAAUCGUCCAUCACAUCUUUUUAUUGUUUUUGCAUUUGAGAACAGCUGAUUUUUGAGAUUAUUUUAUUUAUUUUUUAUUUAAUCUCUUGUGAUGCGCUAGUUCUGCUUGUUGAAUGAUAGAACUGGCAGUUUUGAGGUCUUUCUGAUAUUGGGUUCCAAGUAAAUGUUUUAAAUUUUUUAAAAAUACAAUGUUGGUUAAAAAAAUUAUUCGAUUAGGCAUUUCAAAAAUUUUAUCUAAAAGUUUAAAGCCAAGUUUUAAAUAUAUUUUUUAGAUUUAAAAAAAGAUUCUGUAAUUUAAUACUUUUUACUUGAUUGUUUGAUUUAUUUUACUACACAUUAUAAAGGUUACAAUAUGUUGAAUGUAUCACUGUUGUUUUUAAAUGAAUCUUUCAUUAGAACAGUUUGAUAAAAUGUUAUUUCUUUUAGAAAUAUUUUUUAUGCAAGUGAAUGUAUGCUGACAACCAACCACAAAGGUUUUUUUCAGUAUCUGUUUGAGCAGCCCUGUUUGUAACUCGCGGCAUUAACCUUUGAACAACUGCCAAAUCUCCCGGAAGUUGGGUUUGAUCCUAUCUUUUGUUCUGAGCUUUUUGUAGAAGUGUAGUCUUUCUUUGUGAGAUCAUCUUGAAGCAGUGAAUCAUGUAUGAUUUUCACUGGUUUCAAAGAAAUCUUUUUACUCUGCUAACAUUAAUUCUUUUUAAUAAAGAGGACCUAUAAAAAUUGGUGCUGUAUAAAUAUGUACUCUGCAAUAAUUGUUUCUAAAUAUAUAAACGAGAGCAGCAUGUUUGUUUCCAAGAGUCGUAUAAUUCUAAAAACAUGUGGAUCAACUACUUUACUUAAAGCGGUGAAACCGCUGAUUUAUGUUGUUAGAGAUUUAACAGAUUUUGAUGUAGUUCUGGAUAUAUUUUAUUCAAGAAAAAAUUUCAUGCGUCCUGAAUUGCAGGAUAAGCCACAUACCAGUUUUGAAGAUGAGACUGAAGCACUGGAUCAAUUAUUUGAUGGUUCUGCUUACUGCCUUGGUAGAAUCAAUAGAGACUGUUGGUAUCUCUACACUUUGAAUCCAUUGGAAGAUUUUAUUGGUGUACAAGUUCCUGAUCAGACACUGGAGGUGAUAAUGGAAAAACUUGAUCCAAAAGUUAUGAAGAUAUUUACCAAGGAGGUUUGUUCUACUGCUAAGGAAGCAACUCAGAAGUCUGGUAUUGAUAAGCUAAUGCCUGGUCUAGCUAUUGAUGAUUAUUUAUUUGAUCCAUGUGGAUAUUCUAUGAAUGGCUUGUUUAAAGGGGGUUAUUAUGUUACUAUACACAUUACACCAGAACCAGGUUAUUCUUAUGUCAGCUUUGAGACUAAUUAUCCUCAGGAAUCUUAUUCCGAUUUGAUCAAUCGUCUACUGAAGUUGUUUUGCCCAGGAAAAUUCAUAAUGACUUUAUUUGCCAAUAAGCUGUCUGUUGCUUCUCUUUCCAACUGUCUGACCCACAAAGUUGACUUUAAAGGGUUUUGCCGUAAAGAAUUGCAGUUCUCACAUUUUAAGAACUACGAUCUCACUUAUGCGCUCUUUGCAAAGGCGCCUAGUUGAGACCUAAUUUCACCCCUGUUCAGACAUACCUCGUUUUUAAUCUACUGUUUGUCUUGGAAUCUUUGUUCAAAGCCAUUAUCCCGUAGGCUCAAAUUUGGUCUUCACUUUCCCACAUUUGUAUGGAGCAGGAUUUCAUGAUUAUUCUGAUAAGUCUCUUAUCUGAGUAGUUAUUCUCUUAUACUGAGUGAAAGAGGCUCACAUGAAUGAGCUGAUUUUGCAUCUCACUGUGAUCACAUGAUCAGGUCGGUGCAGUGCUACAAGUUAUGCGAAUAUUGAUGAUGUUUGUUGAGGGAAGCUGGUGGUUCAGCUGUUUGAGCUUUUAUCUUGCCCUUUUUCCAAGCACACUGGUUGUUGAGUUUAAUUGAUUUGUUGAUUAUGUAUUGCCCCAAAACAGAAGCUCAUUGAAAGAAAAAUUAGAAAAGCAAAGCCUUAUACAUUAAACUUUGAAUUUUUUAAAAAUAAUCAUGAAAUACUGCUUUAUAUAAUUUUUGUAAAUUCAGCCAUCUUUAAUUGUGAUGACCUUCCCAUUCACUAUUUAAAUGUGACAUUCUAUUUAAAAGCUGCUGGAGAGACAAGUAUUAUAACAAAUUUGACACUGGGACCAAAUGCAUUUCAAUUUAAAAUGCAGCUGCAAGCAAGAGCCUAUAGGGAUUUAUUUUGUAUAUUUGGAUAUUUUCUGAAUAUAUUGAUAUUUUUGAUUGAAAAAAUUAUUAAACCUGGUGACUUUUUUUUUUUUUUGAAUGCUGGAUGAUUAUUACCUUUUCUUUUGUAAUGAAAUCAUGAUAUAAAAUUGCAAAAUUUGAAAUACUUUUUAAUUCUUUUAAUUCAUGUAAAAACCAUUUAUUGGGCCUCUUUAUUAACCCUUUAAGCAACUGAUCUUUUUUUCCCGAUUUUUCAUAUUCAGUUUUAAAGUAUAUGUAUUUUUUUAAAAAUUACAUGGAUAAAAUAUUUUUAUCCAUGGAUAUUAAAUGUAAAAAUGCUCAUUUUAUGUGCUGAGAAAUUUCAUUUUCUGAAUUUCAAAGAUAAC